AUGGCGGAUUUGGAAGCUAAAUCCGACUCCAAAAAGAGCAAGAACAAUCCAUCGGAAACCCUAACCCUAAGUCUUCCCGACCACAUUUUGAUUGAAGAAAUUUUGGCAAGACUUCCGGUAGAAUCCUUAAUUCGCUUCAAAUCUGUUUCCUAUAAUGAAUGUAGUAGUGUGAAAGAUUUAGUUGGAUUAGGUUGCGGAGGUAUCGAAGUUUUCCCAAUUUUAGUCGGGUCUUGUAAUGGCCUUCUUUGCUUGUGUGAUAAAGAAGAGUAUGCUGGAAAGUUUAUUGUAUGGAACCCUGCCACUGAUGAUUAUCGCGAGAUUACUAAUCCGAACAAUAUACCCGAUGUUUUAGCUUACGGCUUUGGUUAUGAUACAUCGAAUGAUGAUUAUAAAAUUGCUGCUGCAUUUGGAACUCGUACUAGGAAGUUUCGAGGUUUUUAUGUGUUUUCGUUAAGGGAUGGAGAAUGGAAAAGAAUUGUUGGUAAAUUUAAUAGGCGUGAACUUCCGAUUGCUGUGAGAUUAGGUGAUGAAGCAUUGCUGAUUGAUGACACUUUAUACUGGCCGCCUAGACUUGUUCAGUGUUAUGACCAAUACUUUAAGGCCAAACAUAUUGUUGGAUUUGAUUUAAUUAGUGAGAAGUUUAAAGAAAUUCCAUGGCCAGAUGAUUCGUGUUGGUGCAGUAAAGUGGAUUUAUAUCGGUUUAAAGGGCAUUUGACGUAUCGUGGUUCUAAAGGGAAUAAUAGCCGUGAUAUUUGGGACUUUUGGAUGCUGAAAUAUGUUGAUAAAACGGGUACUUGGGAGAAAUUAUUCACUGUUGAUCUUACAAAUGUUUUAUUUUAUAAUUUCUCUAAGACAGACAAGUGUUUGGUGCGACAAUUUGAGCAAUUGAAGCUAAUUGACCCAUGUAAGGAAGCUCUAGAACAAGUCCGUGGAGAUAAAAAAUAUUCUCACAUGGCAACAACUGGUGAUUAUGUUGAGAGUCUCGUUUCACCUUUUGCAACAACCAAGAUUGAUGAGGAGGACGGAAACUAUGAGGUAACAUUACAGACUGCUAUACAACCGAUCAUGGAUAGUAUUCAUAGAAAGAUUCUCCUGAACAAAGGGGUUCCCAUGCCUCAGAUACAGAUGAAGAAUUCUGAUCAUGAAGAUGACUCUGAUAAUGACUGCUAUGAUGGCAGUGAGAGCGAUCUUGAGGAUGAUGAUGGCUGUGAGAGUGAUUUUGAGGAUGAUGAUGAUGAUGAUGGCAGGGAGAGUGAUCUUGAAGAUGAUGGCAAUGGGAGUGAUCUUGAGGAUGAUGGCAAUGGGAGUGAUCUUGAGGAUGAUGGAAGUGGGAGUCAUCUUGAGGAUGGUGGCAAGGUCAAUAAGUAUUGGUUAAGUUCUGGUGAUUCUGAUAAAGACAGCGAUUAUUUUAAGUAUGCAAUAUCUGAUAAAGAAGAUGACGAUGAUGAUGAUGAUUCUUGGUGA